UCUCUGCAUUCAGGAUUGUGCUGCUGGGCAAAAGUGAAGAUAAGAAGACAAAACUUGGUAACUUCAUCAUUGAGCACCAAGGAUUUCACUGUCAAAAACUCAUUCACUGUGUGGCCUCCUGUGGAGAGUGGAGAGGAAAACUACUGACAGUAGUCAAAACUCCAGACUUGUUCAGUCUGUCUGAGGAGGACAUGAGAAGAGAAGUGGAGAGCUGUGUGAGUCUCUGUCAUCCUGGACCAAAUGUUCUGCUGCUGUUGGUGAAACCUUCUGAUUUCACUGAGGAGAACAGAACUACUCUGAAGUUCAUCCUGAGUCUGUUUGGUCACAAUGCCUUUAAACACUCGAUGGUCGUCAUCACACAUGAGAAUGAAAUGAGUUCCACUGUGAAUGAAGUCCUCAGAGAAUGUGAAGGAAGGUACUACAACAUGUUUGAAGAUAACUAUGGAUCGUUAAUGGAGAAGAUUCAGGAAAUGACAAAUCAAUACAAUCACCUGAUCAAACCAUCUUUAAACCUGGUUCUGUUUGGGAGGAGAGGAGCAGGGAAGACGUCAGCAGCCAAGGCCAUUUUAGGUCAGACUGAGCUUCAUCCAGCCUCCAACUCAUCAGAGUGUGUUAAACAUCAGGGAGAGGUGUGUGGACGUUGGGUUUCCCUGGUGGAGCUGCCUGCCUUGUAUGGAAAACCUCAGGAGGCAGUGAUGGAGGAAUCACUCAAGUGUAUCUCCCUCUGUGAUCCUGAGGGUGUCCAUGCCUUCAUCCUGGUCCUACCUGUGGAUCCCCUCACUGAUGAAGACAAGGGAGAGUUAGAGACCAUCCAGGACACAUUCAGCUCUCGAGUCAAUGACUUCACCAUGAUUCUGUUCACCGUGGACUCAGAUCCUACAGAUCCAGCUGUUGGUAACUUUAUAAAGCGAAACAAGGACAUCCAGGAGCUCUGUGAGAGAUUUGGAGGAAGAUCAGUUGUUCUCAACAUGAAGGACAAACGGCAGAUCCCACAGCUGUUAGAUACUGUGGAA